AUGAGCUCGCCGAUGGAGGACGAGAUCGUUGUUGCCCUGGACUGGACGCCCAACACCAACCACAGCGGAUUCUACGUGGCACAGGUGAAGCUUUGCUCCGCAGACGCUGGAGAUGGGACAACCCCAGCGAGACAAGUGGCCCAGAGGGCCGCGCAUUUUGCCGUGGCCCCAUCUGAGAGCGCGGUCUCCUUUGCCACAACGGAGCCUGACAAGCCCCGGCUGGUUGCCGUUGCCGCGCUGUUACAGGGAAGUGCCUCGGCUAUUUGCACAUUGAAGAGCUCGGGCAUCGACCGUCCCGCCAAGCUUGCAGGCAAGAGGUACGCCUCCUACAAUGGGCGCUUUGAGGAUCCGAUUGUGUCCCGGAUGGUCAGCAACGAUGGUGGCGAUGGUCAAAGCGUGCAAUUUCACGGCCUGGAUGCUCAUGGGUACCAGGACGACGACACUAUGGGUGCCGGCUCAGUCGUUGCCUCAUACCUGGAGAAGGGCAGGUCAGAUUCGACGUGGAUUUUUCCGGCGUGGGAAGGCGUUCUGGCCGAGCGCGCCGGCCAGCACCUUCAUUGCUUUGGGUUGGAGGACUACGGAAUCCCGUACGGUUACUCCCCAGUCCUACUUGCUCACCCUGAUGAUUUGGUAGGCCCCCAGGCCGAGAGGGUCAAGGCGUUCUUGGCCGCCACGGCCGAAGGCUACCGCCGAGCAGCCGCAGGGCCAGAGGAGGCCGCGAAAGCUUUGGCAAGCUGUGGCCACCCUUCUCUGAAGGAUCCGGAGUUUCUGGAGGCCUCCAGCUCGUGUAUUGCAAAGCAGUUUCUGACUCCAGAUGGCAAGUGGGGCUUCAUGGACUCCAAGCGCUGGGAUGAUUUUGUGAACUUCCUUUGCCUUUCCGGGAUCGUGCGUGACAGGGCCGGUGGGGCCAUACCCCGCGAGGCUAUCAAGGUGGAGUCUCUCUUCACAAACCACUUCCUCCCUUAG